AUGACGGCGAUCUACAUCAAGAACCGCCUGCCUUCACCCAAGAUCGACCACAAGACUCCGUUCGAGAUCGUGUACAAGUCGAAACCAAGUGUCAAGCACAUGCGCGUGUUUGGAUGUCGGGCGUUUAUCCUGACACCAAGGGAGAAGCGAUUGAAGUGGGACCCGAAGGCUUGUGAAGGGAUGUUCAUGGGCUACGAAGAAGCGUCAAAAGCUUAUCGAGUGUACGACAUUGAGGCGGGCCAAGUGGUGAUCAGUCGUGACAUCACCUUCGACGAAUCGACUUUUGACUUUUCGAUGGACCGACCAAGUGACGAUGAUGAAGAUGCGGAGUUGGACCUCGACCUCCUGGCGAUCAACGAGGAAGACGUGCGUCAAACUGUCUACAAGCAGACUGGCAAGCGCAAGAGUGAAGCAAGACCCGGCAUGUCACGGUCAGCUCGCCCUCGAACUGGGUUGGAACAAGCAAGUGCGCCGGAACACGUCUCCAACCGUCACCAGAAACGACGAUCAAGUGCUCCAGAAACGAUGUCUGAUGACGAAGAAGAUGCAAGCGUGUACGAUCAAGAUGACGACUCGACGCCUCCAACAUUUUGGCGUGCAAGUGCAAACGCAGUGGAAGCAACGGACCUAGCAGAACCUGUGACUUUUCAAGACGCGAUCAAUGGUCCUGAUCAAACUCACUGGCGAAAUGCUGUGAAGGCGGAACUCAAGUCGAUGCAUCUUCGUGGAGUUUUCCGUGCGGCAAAACUGCCAAGAGGCCAAGGCGCGAUCGGCACCAAGUGGGUGUUCAAGAUCAAGCGCAAAGCGGAUGGAUCGGUCGAGAAAUACAAGGCGCGUCUCGUUGCCAAGGGCUUCAAGCAGAAGUACGGCAUCGACUACACAGAGACGUUCUCGCCCGUGGUCAAGUACGUGACACUGCGUAUGGUGAUCGCGAUCACCAAGUAUUUCGACUGGCCACUGGACCAACUCGAUGUGGUGACAGCCUUUCUCUACGGAGUGAUGAAGGAGAAGGUGUACUGCGUGAUACCAGAAGGCGUCGAGAUGGAUGGCGACUUCGACUGUCUCGAGUUGGUGAAGGCGAUCUACGGUCUCAAGCAAGCUUCACGUGUGUGGAACGAGACUUUCGACGAGUUCGUAUGCUCCAUCGGUUUCGAAGCGUCGGCGUUCGACCCAUGUCUCUACAUCAAGGUUGUCGACGGUCACUGUGUGCUCGUGCUGGUCUACGUGGAUGACGUGUUGGUCACCGGCAGCUCGCUCGAGUUGAUUGCGCAGACGAAGGCCGACCUCAAGACGCGUUUCGAGAUGACCGACAGUGGCAAGUGUACUUUUGUACUGGGCAUCGAACUGGUGGACGAAUCGGAUGGCAGCGUGACAAUGUGCCAGCGACGGUAUGUCAACGACAUCCUCAAGCGCUUCGGCAUGGAUGAGUGCAAGGCCACAGCAAGUCCGGUCGACUUGAGCACUCGGCUUGUCGCAAGCACCGAAGCGGCCAAGAUCGACGUUCCGUUUCGUGAAGCUGUGGGAGCUUUGAUGCACUUGACGACUGCGACGCGCCCGGACAUUGCGUAUGCUGUGGGGCGCAUCUUUCGUUACUUGCAAGGGACCAAGUCGCACGGACUCCGCUUCCAGCCAAGCGACAAGAUCGACUUUCGUGGCUACUCGGACGCGGACUGGGCCGGCGACCACGCUGAUCGCAAGUCGACUUCGGGUUACACUUUCAUGCUGAUGGGUGCUCCUGAAGGCAAGUGGGUGCAUCGCCUGCUAUGCGAGAUUUUGGCGGCCGCAAACGAACCAGGACCGGACCUCGUCAUCCGUGAAGACAACCAGUCGUGCAUCAAGAUGACGAAGAAUCCGGUGAAUCAUGGCCGCGCCAAGCACAUCGACAUCAAGUACCAUCACAUCCGUGAUGAGGUCAAGCGCGGUGAAGUGAAGCUCGAGUAUUGCGAGACUUCCGUGAUGAUGGCGGACAUCAUGACCAAGGGACUUUCGGGACCUCGUCACAAGGACUUGACGACGGCUCUCGGCAUUCGUGCGAGUUCGGAUUGA